AUGCCACCAGCUACCCGUCCGACGCGUGCACGUAUCGUGUCAAACGAGAAUGAUGAGAACAGUGGAUCAAUGCGCAUGACGCGUGCCAAGGCAGCUGCGCUGAACGUUGAUGAGCUUGUUGCUCCUGGAAAGGCUGCCCUCGCCACGAAGAAGUCUGCAGUCAACGCGAACCCAGCAGGGCAGCGAAAGCGCGCCGCCCUCGGCGAUGUCAGCAACGUCAACAAGACAGAGACUGUCCCGGGAAAGAAGAUUGCAAGCAAGGGCGGCCUCGUCUCCAAGGCUGCUCAACCCACUGGCAUCACGAAGAAGUCAAGCAGCGCCACCACCAGAAAUGCUGUACCCAAAGAGAAGAAGGCACCCGGCUCAGGAUCCGGCGCGAUUCCCAAGAGGAAGCCACUCAAUCCCUCGAACACAAACCCUACUAAGGACGACAACCUCCUCGCUGAGGGCGAACCCCUGCGCAAGAAGCACCAUCCUAUCCAGCCUGCUGAGAAGCGUCGAACCAAACCUGAGCCUGAGCCCGCUGCCUCAAAGACUCCUGUUGAGUCUGUGCCCGUCGAUGCCCAAAACCCAGACACUUACCCGCCCGAUGUCAAAAACUUGGAUGAGGAGGAUCUUGAUGAUCCGUUGAUGGUGGCCGAGUAUGCUAACGAGAUCUUCGAAUACCUUCGCGAUCUUGAGUGCAAUUCUAUCCCCAAUCCCAACUACAUGGAGCACCAGGACGAUUUGGAGUGGAAGACGCGUGGAAUACUGGUCGAUUGGCUGAUUGAGGUGCACACUCGCUUCCACCUCCUCCCCGAGACUCUCUUCUUGGCCAUCAACAUCAUUGAUCGCUUCCUCUCGGAGAAGGUCGUUCAGCUCGACCGACUGCAGCUCGUUGGGAUCACCGCUAUGUUCAUCGCUUCCAAGUACGAAGAGGUUCUGUCUCCUCACGUCGCCAACUUCCGCCACGUUGCGGACGACGGUUUCAGUGAAGCCGAGAUUCUUAGCGCGGAGCGCUUCGUCCUCGGAACAUUGAACUACGACCUGAGCUACCCCAACCCCAUGAACUUCCUUCGCCGCAUCAGCAAGGCUGACAACUACGACAUUCAAUGCCGUACCAUCGGCAAAUACCUCAUGGAGAUCAGCCUCCUCGAUCAUCGAUUCAUGCCUUACCGCCCCAGCCAUGUUGCGGCCGGCGCUAUGUACCUGGCUCGCCUCAUCCUGGAUCGCGGUGACUGGGACGCUACCAUCGCAUUCUACGCUGGCUACACCGAGGAUGAGAUUGAGCCCGUUGUCCGUCUCAUGGUUGACUACCUUGCGCGCCCCGUCGUUCACGAAGCCUUCUUCAAGAAGUACGCCAGCAAGAAGUUCCUCAAGGCUUCCAUCCUCACGCGUCAAUGGGCGAAGAAGAGUGCUGAACAUUUUGGUAUUGUCGACAUGCACCUCUCUUUGGAUCAGAUCUCUACUCGGGAAGAGGACAAUUACCCCGAGGAGGAGGAAGAACAAGACGACUACUAG